CAAAUCUGAAUGCUAUUUAUUUUUUUGAUUGGACUAAGUUGUAUAGUAGCAAGAGAUGCUGAUUUGAUCGAAACGGAGAUAGCUUAAUUGGAGCAUUUAAUUUAACUGCAGACUGAGAAAUUGCAUUACUUAAAGGAAUUAAGGGAGAUUUCAAUAAACAAUUAAUAAAAUAUUCCUGUAUUAAUGAUUAAUAUUGGAGUAGUAAAUUGAUUAAUAAGUACUCUAAGAAGUUGUAUAAAAGAAGCCUUACAAGACUUAGAGUAACGAUAAACAGAAUUUAAACAAGGAGAGAUCAUUCACAAAUCGAAUGCUUAAGAAAUAUUAAUUUAAUAUUACAAAUUCCAUUUUGGAUGCCUCCUUGAUUCAAACGUAAUUGCAUAUACAUUUAAUAGUUUCUAAUACAAAUCUACAACAACUGACAACUCCUUCACCCAAAUGUUGUAUGUUGUUACAAACACAAAGGAAAUUGAGAUUUAUGAUUUAUCCAAUGCAUUGAUUGUUAAUGCCUAAUUGGGUAUUAUAUACUAUCAUAUUAGAUUUCUAACCUCAAUACGUGUCAAUUAGUAAUCGUGCAGAUGAUCCGAUAUUGGCUUUGGCAAGUACUCAUUGAGCAUUUAUAUUUUUAGAUAAGGAUGGCAAAUUCGCAUUGUAUAAAAUAGAGAAUUCCAGAAUGGCUAUAGAAUCACAAGAUUCCUAAAAACCCAAAACCAAAUUAGUUAUUUAAUUGAACAAGGAAUUUGAAAUGAAUAUUGAGAACUAGCAAAUCACAUCCAUGAUAUAUGCAAUGGUUAAAGGCACAAAAUACAUCCUAUUUGGUUCUAGCAGUGGAAGUGUUUAGUAUUGAAAUGGUGUUAUACUAGUGCUUAUACUCGUAAUGGUACAUUAGUGGGAGAGAGGAAUUUCAAUAGUCCCAUCAUUCAAGUGAUCAAAUCUUAUCCGAAUAUGUUAUAUUUAACAUCUACUGGAUUUGGAUACAUCAAUCCUCUCAACUUGGAGAUAGUGCAACCAAUUUGUGACAAUGUACAUGUAUUUUUAAUAAUCAAAGUUGCCAUUUUAAAUAGUUCAUUUGACAUUGGAUAUUCAAUAAACCAAUAUUGUCUAUGCACUAUCUGAUUUAGGUGAGGUAUAUGUUUUUGAAAUCAAACAAAAUGAGUAAUGCAAAAUGAAGUUGAAAUUAGUGAAUAAUCAAUAAGCUUAAGUGAUAUUGAACAACGCCAAAUUAUAUAGUUUAAGACAUUAUCUUAUAGUUUAUGAUUAGGACACUAGAGAAUCAUUGUUAUAUAAUACAACUGAUGUGUUGACUGAAGUGGAUUAUGAUCAACCUUUCCAUCUUGAACUCUUCAAAUAGAUCAAAGGUCAAUAAGUUGUGUUACAAUCAAUCAAAGGGAAUGGGGCAUCACAUUAUUUGUUGACCAGGGAAGUAUAGAAUGAUCACGAAUUGAUCAGUUAUUAUGAGAUAACUAUGCCCUAGAAGAAGGAUACAGACAUCUUCUCCAAUUUCAGGUUCCCCAUAAUCAUCAUUGCAAUCGUUAUUGUGCUCUUGUAUCAAUUCUGGUUCAAAGGCAAGAAGAAGGACAAGAAAGAGAAGGGAUCCAAGAAGAAAAUAAGAGGAGAAGAUGAAGAGAUUGAAUAAAUCCUAAAUUAGGCAAAGAAACCUAUGGCUGGUCCUGCUGGAGGGGCUUCCACAAUCAAUAAUAGAUCUCCAACCAGAUCAGAAGUGUAGAAUGGGUAGAAACAAGUCAGAUUUGAUGAAAAUCUAAAGAGAGCUGACAAAUUCAAGGAGCAACUUGAAAAUUUAGAUUAAAAAACCAAGUUACUUAAUGAGAGAGUAGGAGUCACAAAUAAUAUUGAGGCCCAGAGACAAAGUAAUUAUGUCUAUUAUAAUUAGAGUUGGCAUAACAAGCAUUACUGUAGAAAAAUAAAUAUGUAUGA